UCUGGUAGUCAUCUCUCUGGAUUUGCCUGUAUCUCUUUCUCUCUCACACAGUACACACACUCACACACACUUUUUGAAUGCUGACUGAUGAGUGAGGCUUAUACGUUCGUUGGCUACCAGUUCACUCGCUCGCGCCCUCAUAUUUUGAAGAUUUGACCUCUCGGAAGAGCUUCCAUUCGAGGCUCGCCGAGAAUCUCCGUCAGAAAAUGACGAGAAUCCUUCACCUUAAUUUCCCGUCGAUUAGCUUCAGAGAUCUGUCUGCAAACUGGUGGGAUGAGAUCAACGAUUCAUCGGAAUGGCAAGAUGGGAUCUUCUUUGCACUUUGUGCUGCUUAUGCUCUCGUUGCUUUCGUCGCCCUCAUUCAAUUAAUUAGGAUUGAACUGAGAGUGCCAGAGUACGGUUGGACAACACAAAAGGUUUUCCAUCUCAUGAACUUUGUUGUCAAUGGAGUGCGUGCUGUUGUGUUUGGAUUCCACUGGAAAGUCUUCCAUUUAAACCCAAAGGUUCUAGUCUUUAUACUACUUGAUCUUCCAGGACUUCUGUUCUUCUCCACGUAUACACUCCUUGUCCUAUUCUGGGCUGAGAUAUAUCACCAGGCUAGAAGUCUGCCAACUGAUAAGCUUCGUCUCGUUUAUCUUUUGGUAAAUGUGGGGAUGUACGUUAUACAGGUUGGCAUAUGGUUACUCCUCUGGAUAAAUGACAACACCAUUAUACAAUUCAUAGGACAGAUAUUUAUUGCAGUUAUAUCAUUCUUGGCAGCUUUGGGAUUCUUGUUGUACGGAGGAAGAUUAUUUUCCAUGUUGAGACGUUUCCCUUUUGAAUCAAAAGGGAGAAGAAAGAAGCUUCAUGAGGUUGGAUCUGUCACAGCUAUUUGCUUCACCUGCUUUCUCAUAAGAUGCUGUGUGGUUGUUCUGUCGGCUUUUGAUGAAGAUGCAUCUCUCGAUGUGUUGGACCAUCCGCUUUUGAACUUAUUUUACUAUAUGGUGGUUGAGAUCCUGCCUUCAGCUCUUGUCCUGUUUAUCCUGCGGAAGUUGCCUCCGAAGAGAAUAUCAGCUCAAUAUCACCCGAUUCGUUAGCAACAACACACUUUUCAGUAUUUUUAGUUGAGUGGAUUCAGCUAGACAAGUAUAGCAAUGGCAAGAAACUAAUCAAGAUGAUUUAUUAUUCUGAUAGAGGCUGGUGGUGAUGAAGUAUAUAUUAUAUAUAUAGCCAUGGAAAUCCAGGUUGUGGGUGAGUCACUUCAUUCUUCAUUGGUUUUGUAGCUCUUUUCUGCUUGUAGUGUUAUUAUAUUGCUUAAAUAGAAAAUCUCUUGCAACUUAAAGUUAUCAUCAUUUUGUAUGAGUUGUUUGUAAUUUUCUAUUUACAACCUCUUAAGUUGCAAUUCUGGUACAUACAUUAAAUAUUAUUAUUCAUUUGCAAUUCUGAUUGUGAUA